UUCUGCCAUUUCAUUGCCCUGUAAAAUAUUUUUACGAAAAAGCGGCUAAUGAUACAUUCAUCAGCUCUUUAUUAAGGAACAAAAUGUUGGAUUUCACUUCAUUUCUAAAUAUUAUUGCAUCAAAUAAUAUGAAAAUACGGAAGGAAAACAGAUUUGUGUAGAUACUGAAAUAGUAAUUGCUGAUAUCAAGAAAUUUGAUUUUGAAAACAGAAGAUUAUCAUUAUCAAGAACACAAUAGAUUGUAACAGAGACAGAACAUGAAGAUUCAGUUUGGUUUAUCUGUAAUAUCUUUUCAUAUCAGUGUGGAUCUUGAGAACUGGAGUCUGCUUACCUGCUGAUUUUUGUUUGCAAUAUUGAACUCUAGGAAAUGAAACUGUCCUAAUAAAAUAUCUUGUAAUUAUUUCCUUAUGAAGGAGAUAUCUUCAGACUUUGUGAAAUCUCAACUUUUAUUGUAAAAGAAAAUUCAUUCUAACUUUAGUAUUUAAGAAGUUUCAUAGAAUUUGCUUACCUUCAUUGAACAUUAUAAAUUAAUCUACUUUUUUUUAAAAGUAUAUUAUUGAAGAAAGAAGAAAAUUAUGGAAGAAAAGCUUUGUGAAAACCAGGUUUACGAUCAAACACAGCCUGAAUCCAAUGACAUAUCUAAUCUGGUAUAUGUAGAUGUAGAAAAGCAAUCAUGUCCCUUUGACAUUCAUAAGAAAACAUUCACACAGUCCAAUGUACUGCUUACAAGCUUUAAGGUUAAAAAAAUUUACAGCAAAGCAAUUGCAAAAACUCGUUUAUUCUCAAAGGGUGUUCAGUCAGAUCAGAAAGAUUUUGAAUGCUUAAUUUGUGGUAAAGUAUUCCUUCAGAAUUCAUAUUUGACUAGACACAAACUGACUCACAGAAGCAAGAAACCACACCACUGUGAUAUCUGUGACAAAACCUUUUCUGUCCGCAGUACUUUGACUAAUCAUAGACGUAUUCAUACUGGUGAAAAACCAUAUCACUGUGAUAUUUGUGGGAGAAGUUUCACUCAGCUAAAUCAUUUGAGUAGACACAAAUAUAUUCACUCAGGUGAGAAACCAUUUCACUGUGAUAUCUGUGGGAAAACAUUCUCUCAGACUGACAGCUUAACUCGUCACAUACGUAUUCAUACAGGUGAGAAACCAUAUCAGUGUGGUAUAUGUAGUAAAACAUUCGCCCGAAGUUCUAAUUUAAAUGUUCACAAAUACAUUCACACCAGUGAAAAGCCACACUGUUGUGAUGUCUGUGGGAAAACAUUCUCUGGAAGAGGUAACAUGACUGUUCACAGACGUACUCACACUGGUGAGAAACCAUACCAUUGUGAUAUCUGUGGGAAAGCCUUCUCUGCAUAUUAUACUUUGGCUAGUCACAAACAAGCUCACAUAGGAAUUAGACCAUACCGCUGUGAUAUUUGUGGGAAAACAUUCACGCGUAGUAGUAGGUUAACUAAUCAUAUACGCAUCCACACAGGUGAAAGACCAUACCACUGUAAAACCUGUGGAAAAACAUUCUCUCAGAAUGUUCAUUUAACUCAACAUGUACGGGUUCACACUGGUGAGAAACCAUACCACUGUGAUAUCUGUGGUAAAACAUUCUCUCAGAAUACACAUUUAAAGAUUCAUAUACGUGGUCACACAGGUGAGAGACCAUACAGUUGUGAUAUUUGUGGUAAAACAUUCUCUGAUAAUCAGCAUUUAACUCGCCACAGACCUGUUCACACUGGUGUGCAACCAUAUCGCUGCAACAUCUGUGGUAGGACUUUCUCUAAGAAUAAAAUUUUGACUAAUCACAAACAAAAAGCACAUGAAAACCAAACUGUAAAACAAGGGAAAUAAUUAAAAGAAUUUGUAAAAUUAUUACUUUAUGACAUAAUGGAAUUAAUACCGUGAAUGUUUAAAGAACAUCACAGAAAAUUAAUGAAUGCCAUGUUUAUAUAAUGUUACUUGAAUUAUUUGAGAAUAUUUUGUAACAUUUGCAAAAGGUUAUAAAUCAGUGUGUUGUAAUUUUUAUUAACUGUUAACUUUCUAAAACAAUUUGUUUUGUAUAUCACCCAAAUAUUUUACAUAGUUAAGAAAAUUUUCAAUAAAAUUUUUCAUACACUGAUUAAUAAAAAAAUAAUCUUUCUGAUUUGCAAUGUUUACAAACUACAAUUUCUUUUUUUACUCUCUCCAACACAAUCUGGAGAAUUUCCAGAACAUUCUUCAGCAUGAUUAAAUAAGUGUAUAUAGAUUUACAUGUGUAAAUGGGACGGACCAUUUAUUUAAAUAACAAAUAAAAUUGAUGUAUUUUAUAAUUAAAUUUUAAUAUUUUAUCUGCUUACAGACAUUUGUCGCUAUUAAAAUGUUAUGAGCUGA